GGUUUUCUCCGCAUUAAAGUCUCGGAUUCAGUGGGACUUGAGCCAACAUCAGUUAAGUAGCCUAUACAUUUUAUGUAUAGAGUAGUCAUGGCUGCUAAUGGGGAAACACCAGACUAUUGCGCCGAUGUCGAAGCAGAAACAUCUUUCGACGUUCAACUUUAUAUCUACGAUUUAGCUAGGGGAUUGAGAAAAUCUUUAAAGGAACUACUAUCAGGUAAAGAAAUUCCUACAAUAUGGCACACGGGCAUUGUAGCUUAUGGAAGAGAAUAUUUUUUCUUAUCGCCUGGAGUUGAAAGCUGCAGACCGGGAGGGACUAUUUUAGGAGAACCAGAUCAAAUCCUGACAUUAGGUAAAACCGAACUUCCUUACAGUGUUUUCUUAGAGUAUAUUUUUGGAUUGGGCGAAUCGAAUUAUAGGCCGGGAUGCUAUGAUUUUCAAAAUCACAACUGUAAUAAUUUCACUCAAGAAGUAGCCAUAUUCUUGACGGGUAAACCAAUUCCUGAAGAUUUUCGAGAGAUUCCCUCCGAGAUACUUGAUCCUCCAUUAGGUGACAGCCUUAAAGAAUACUUCAAAAAACUUAAUCUUCGCGUAGAAGGAUCGAAAGGGUUGAGUUUUGGAGCUACAGCACGUGAAGUGGAGCGUAUAAACAGAGAACAAGAGAGAGUUGAUUCGGCAUCCUCGUCUGCUACAGUCCAGAACGGCAUCAAUCACGAAAUGGCGGAACAAGUGAACGUUGUAGACGUACAGAACACGGAAUCACCUAAAGUAAAAGCUGAAAAACCUGCCGGAACACCACAAGUUAAUGGACACAGUGAGAAUGAAUUGUCUGUAAAACAACAGGAAGAAAAGGAUGAAUCGUCAUCGGCUCCCGUGGCGCAACAAACAGAAAAUCCAGCUCCAGCGCAAGAAAACGAAGCUGCAGCAUCAUCAAUAAAGGAUAACGAAGAUACUGCCCCUUCGCAACCGGAAGCUGCUGCUCCUUUACAAUCAGAAGAGGCAAAGCAAACACCGGAAGUAGCACGGAGUACUUCGAUUUCUUCGGAUACUCAGGAUGAAUCGGUUCCUUCAACUCCCUACGUUUCUACGAGAAAAUCCAGAAGAUACGAAGAUCCUCCUAUUGUUUUCCAAGAUGUAAAUGGAAAGGAAGCAAUCAACAAAUUAAGUGAAAUGAUAGGAAGCCAUUUAGGAGAAGAAGAAAAACAAUGUUUAAAGGAUCUUCAGGAAUAUCUAUCAACUGAUGGAGGAGCAUGGGCUUUAGGUUCCAAUCAUCUAGAUUUAAUGGGUGAGUGUGUAAAUUUUUAUACGAAUAGUUAAUAUUGUUUGCUAUAAUUAAAUUUCUAGUGUGAGAACUUGAAUAUGUGAUG